GAUUACAGACCGACCAUCCACCUUUCUUACUUUACCCAUCAAACAAAGAAAUAUCAACAAAGAGGCAAAGCAUCGGCCAUUGGAGGAGCUGCUCUCCUCUCUAAAUCCCUUCUCUAUGGUUGGCCCUUAAAACCCACUUUCACAAAUGGCUCCUUCUCUCAAUUUACUCUCCGCCUUCAACUCAACGAAGUUGCAAGUCACUUACAAAAACGUUUCGAGAUCCUCGUUUCCAAACGUCAGAAAAUCGACGUCCAUAUGUGGAACUUAUUACACGACUAGAGGAAUUGCAAAGGAGAGAAGACGAGGAUUGUCUCUCUCACUUGCAGCUACAGGCAGCAACCAGGUAGACACAAACACCAAUGAGAAGGGUUCUGAAAUUACUGGAAGAACUCUUUCUAAUGACGAUUCCUCAGCUUUGAGUCAACCGCCUUCAAAUGCUUCAGCAGAGAAUGGAAUCUCUCAACUCAAUGUCAACAAUGAGUCUUCUUCUCAACUAUCCGAGGCUUCCAAUGGACAAAUAUUGUCUUCAGAACAGAAUUCAGAUACAAGUUCAUCACCUGAUUCACAGUUCACAAAAAAAUCUUCGUUAACUGCAAGAGAAAGACUAAGGGCUGCUCGUGUUCUUAGCCGUUACAACGAAUCGAAAACCUCCAAGUCCGACAUGAGCAGCAAAGUAUUGGAAGCAAUACGAGAGAGUGAUCGUGGGAAAAAAAGGUCGAGGCUUCCAGAAGCACCUACUAAUUUGUUCGAUGAUAGCAAGCGAGGGAUGCCAAAACCAGGGUGGACGUUUCAGUUCCCAGGUGGUUCGGAUCUUUUCUUCAUUGUCUUUUCGUUCGUUUUCAUCAGUUCAGUGAUGUUUGCUACCACCUACGUUGUGUGGAAAGUUGGUGCAAUUCAUUUUAAUGAGUACUGAAGUGCACUGCAAGGAGGUUAGUUCAAUCUCUAAAAAAUCCCCUCUUGUUCUUCUAGAAAUAGUUCUUUGAUCCUCUCCUUAUAUGAUACACUUGGGAUGCUCAUCUUUUUCUAGAUGCCAUGCUCAUCUUGAAUGUACAAAAGCUUUUUGCUUAACAUUUUGAUUACUGUAAUUUUGAUUAAGUUCUUGAAUCUGUAGACACGUUUGAUUUCAUUUAGAAAAUUAUGUAAAAAGAAGUUACAUACUAA